GCUCCAGUUCCGCACCGGGCCGUUCCUGAAAAUUGGCCAAGAAGUGACCCUCUCCAUCGUUGAUGGGGCUGCGGUGGACAUCCUCGCAGCAGAGCGACUGGAAUGGAUGGACCAAAUUGAAGUGGAACUGCAACGAUUACUGGAGGAGGACGGCGAUGGCCUGGAUGGUGAUGGGCUGUGCCGCUUGGUUCGUCGCCUGGCUGCCUGGCUGCAUCGGCCGGUAGUGUCGGAUGGGGAUGGUGUGCAGGUGGAGCACGACAAAAAGAUGUCAGUUGUCAAGCGCCAAGAAAGCGGUGGGGUCUUGGAGGGUCACCCGGGCACGAAACAGAUCAGUGUUUUGGUUCCUCACAAAGGACACCAUGCUUGCAGAAAGAAGCUGAGCAAAUUCAGUCCUUGGAUUCCCGCCUCGGAUGUGCCCCCCUUUGGGGUGAUCGAUUUGAUAACUUGCAUUUCUGCCCUCACAUGCGGGAACUCCGCACUUGCACGGGUUGUGGUGGCAGCCGCAUAUGCGAACACCAAAAGAGAAGGGACCAAUGUGUCACCUGCAGUGGAGUUUCCUGGGUGGGACAUCCUGGCAGCUUGGCGUCGUUCUGGUGAAUAUUUUCCGAUAGGCGUCUCCAUUGCAGCGGGCUUAUCAGCCAUAGAACUCUUCGCAAUCGCCUCUUGCGUCUUCCCUGGAGCAGGCCCAUCGGGCUUAGAGCUCUUUGUAGCGCCAGCUGAAGAAACAGCGGUUGGCAAGGAGCCAAUCGAGGAAUGCCAAUAUCCAGAUGUGACUUGGCGCAUGGUGCAAGGGUACCGGCAAGUAAGUCUUGCUGAGGAAGAAAGAUUCCAGCAAUUUCUAGCCAGGAAUCAAAAAGGGAAUUCCAAGAAGGAGCAGGAGCACUGCAAGGAACUUCCACCCAGGAAACUCCACCUAAGAAUUCCACCCAAGAAGCAAGGAACUUCCACCCAGGAACUCCACCUAGGUACUGAACUGGUGGAGCGGUCGCCG